AUGGACGUAGAGGGUGCUUUAGCGUUGGAUCUGGCAGAACUGGAGGCAAUGUUGGCGAUUGAUAGCGAACAAGUACGAUAUGAUGAGCAAGUAAAGGGACGAGAUUUUCGAAUGGAAGGAUGCUCUAAACCUUGUUCUUCUGUUGAUGCAUGCGGUAGUCAGUUUGCUGUAGAGGUAAAUUCAGGAAGAAAAAAACCAUCGAUCUCACAAGACGAAAUGAAAAAACGGCGAAGACGAAGAGAUGAUGAAGAUCGAGCUUCACAGAAGGCAGAAUUUCCGCCGUUAUCUUUGACGGAUGAUAAACUGGACCAUGCUAAUUCAGUUAAUGAUGACAGUAUACCUAAUGUAUCGAAAGAUAAAAAACAGAGAUCUGAUAAUACACGAUUUCAGGAUUCAGUGGGCUUAAAAUCGUCGCUGACAUUAACAACUCCCCCACCUGAAAUUGAUGACAGCUACAGUAUUUUUACUAAACCUACACCACCAGAUGAUGUAAAACGCAGAAAUCCUCGUGUUUAUUCAUAUAGUCCGAUUUCACGAACUCGCUUGACUGUUCCUAAACGUCAAUUUUCUCCUGAACCUGCCCGAAAAACUGCGAAAAUAUUGAUCGGUCCGAGAAGAAUAACCGAAACUGUUCACUUGUCGGAUUUGACGAAAAUUUUGUGCAAGGUGAAAGCUAGAGAAUUUUCACUGCCGUUUGGCUUUACCUUGAAGUAUAAGAAACGGUUUGCGGAUGAAUCGAAGUCAGAGACAGUUUCCCUGAAUUUACAUGAUGGCAGGGAUUCGGACGAUGUUAAUUCCUUACAGUUGUCUUCUGAAAAUGAUGUUGAAAAUGAGUUAAAAAAAGAAACCUCAUCAAUACUUGACAUUGCGAUGAAUACUGAACACGUUGCCAUUUCUGCCCAAAAAGAUGAGAUAGGAACCUCAAAAUCACACAAUGAGUCAAAGUACCGCCGAGGGCGGAAGCGAUUGAAUAUGAAUUCUACUACAAGAAAAAUAAGUUCUACUUCAAGUGCGGCAAUACCGGUACGGUAUGCUGUAAAGGAAGAAUCGCCGACUCCAUUAAAUAUAUCAAUUUCAAAGACAACAAAAGGGAAGCCACGGAAAAAAGCAGCGUUGAUCAAAUUGAAACGAGGCAAACCUCGUAAGAACUUUGCAUUUCAUAUCGCUGUUGGUGAAAAUACACCAAACUCAAGUUUACCGAAGAAUGAUCCUUUGACCUUAUCCUCUUCGGAAACCUCGUUAAAGGAUUCAAAUAGAGAACCAGCGCCAGUUGCAUCACAAUCUACAGCGCAUGUGACAAAUGUGUCACACUCACUGUGUUACAGCGAUGAUCGUGGCAAUGAGACUGAUGAACAUGACGAUUCAAAAAUUGAGGUUUUGGAUUCGGGUACGUCGAUGAUAUUCAAUAAUGCAAAUCAAGCUCAAACUAGUGGUGCCAGAAAAAUGGAUAAUAUUUUUGAUACUGAAAAAGAUGAUUAUGAUGAUGGUGAGCGUUUACAUAUUGUGGAAACCGGUGAUGAAGAGGAUUCUUGUGAUACUGAUAAUCGGUUUUUUGAAGGAAAGAAGGGAAAAGAUCCGGAUGAAAUUGUAACAAAUGUCGUCACCAAACUGGUAGAGCAGGUGUGUAUAGCACAUUCAUUGAGUGUUAAUUUGAUAAUGGAACCGUUACGGCGUCCAAAUACGGUUACAGCAGAAGAGUCACGUCGCGUUCCACCACUGCGUAUACGUAUACCACAAAGACGCGAACCACGUCAACGUCGUCCUGCGCGAGUACAUGAUUAUUCUCCCCCAUUGCCUGUUAGCAGAAUACACCGCUUUGAAGAAACGUUGAAAAAGCGAACAUCAGCGGAAAGCUCUAGUGAUGUUGCUGUAGAAGCAAGACAAAAGAGGUCAAUGGGAAACAAAGAAGAUCAAAAGAAAUGCUCACUUAGUAACAAAGAAACUGAUACAAAUCCUCGAUUUCCAUCAAACCGGAAAUCGUCUGCACUGUCUAAUUCGGAUUAUACUUUGCCUCCGUCACCAAUACUGAUAGGCAGCAACCAUGAAGAAGAUAUAAAAGCAAUUCCGUCAGCUGUUCACGAAGGAUUUGGUGAUGUGAAUCCAUCACCGCUGUCGUCUUCAGGGCAUCCCCAGGAAUGCCGUAGUACUAACUUAGAUCCAGCUUUCAAAGAAGGGCAUGAAUGCGAAUCGACUGGUCGAUCUACACGUAAAAGACCGAUUUCAUACGAACAACUCUACCCAUCUUUGUUUAGUCGACGGCGUAAGUCAAGUAUCGUAAAAACUCCUGCAGUGACGCAGCUAAAUGUCUUUGAUUCUGUUGAAUCCGAUGGUGCUGCCAAACUCAGAAGUGGUGUAGAGAAUAGUGAUGCUGUUUCGUCAGGAUGCUUGCCAUCGAAACAGAAACGAAAACGGGGACAAAAUUCGAUUACGGAUAGCAAACAUGCUGAUGACAAACUUCAGCAAUCGUUUGGCGAACAGUUGGAGCUUGACACAAGUAUUUAUGAUUCCGAAGAAGGAAAAGAUCAGAUCAAUUCUUACCCCAGAAGCAGUAAUUUGACAUAUUACGAUGAUGGAUCUUAUGAUGGAGCCAGGAAGAAAGCUUUGACUGAGGUGAUUAAAGCAGAGAACACUGGAAGUGCUGCGGAAGAAGUACAUUCAGGAGAAAAAACAAGGCGUCCUUCAAAUUGUUCGAUGCGAGAUGGAAGAGUUCCAUCAAUAUCUGAAGGACCAGAGCAAGAUAUGACAAUCAGCUCUACAAAUACACGUCGCCGCAGAGUACGUUUAGAUUCAGAAGGAACUAACGAGUUAUCUUCAAAUCUGUCGCAGUCAAUAUCAAAAGGUCGACGGAAAAGUAGUGUGUCAGUUGAUGUUGAUCCUGCAAAAUCUGAGGGGAAUGAAUUUCAUGCUUCUACUCGAUUAAGAAGCAAACGAAUAGACUCGAAGCCAACUUCUGACAAAACAAGGCAAAAAGUGUCGUGCCAAAACAUGCCGUAUUUCAAACGUAUUGCUCAGCGUCGAAAACUUAAUCCACUUGCCAUUGGUUUGAAAAGCCGUUCAGGCGACGAUAAUCCGUCAUUUUUCUAUCGAGAAAUUUUGCUAAGAGGUGAUGAUCUAAAAAAAGAAGAUGGCGCGGAUGUAAUUGUGGAUGUGGAUUCAGAAUUAGUUGCUGAAGGUGAUGAUGAGGUACCGGAUGGGCGUUUAUCAAUUAGUGUAGCAUUUGAAAUCAACAAGAUCAUACCGCGACCAGAAGUGGAUAACGAGGAUGAAUUAAAAAUUGAAAACGAUGGAUAUCUGCUGACAUUGGACAAUGUUAAAACAAUAUUUACAAGCGAAGUAUUGGAUCGAAAACGUUUAUUGAAUGAUAUGCUAACCGUUGUUUCGGCGCAAUACUGCUCCGAGAUUUCAUCACAGAAUGUAUUUGGUGGCGCUUCAAUACGCUACAAUACAAUGGUGAAGAAUGCCCAUCGACUACGAGAUAAAGUUUUGCUAUUCACUAAGGAUCAGCGGGAGAAUGCAAAAUGGGCACAUCAAAUAUUACUUAAACACUUGGCUGUACCAAUGUUGGCUACUUACAUUGAUUUGUUGAGGUUUUGCAAAACAAUAGGGCGCUAUCUAUUGAAUUUCCUUCUGGAGCAAAGCGAUACCGACAAAGUUCUAAACAAAAUGAAUAUUUGUAUUCAGGACUUUAUUUCUGAAAAAGUGCUUGAUCCACAAACAGUUGCUAUCUGCAAAACACUUACUAAAAGACAUGCGAAAAACAUCUGUUUGCUGACCGUUUCACCGACUUUCACACAUGCUGAAUAUCGCUCAAGAUCAAGAUCACACGAAUACAUGUUUCGAGUUUUACUUCCGAAUGUAGCGGAUAGAGUGGAGCCAAUACGGCUGAAUUUGCCAGCUACGCAAGAUAUAUCUAUAUGUGAAGCUGUUGAUCACUGUAUCCGAUUAGUAUCGCGCAGAGUAGUAGAAGUGCAUCGCAAAUACCCAGACCUUAAAAUUGUUUUGGUUGGUUGGGGAACAUCUUGUGUUAUAAACCACCAGGUUGUUCAAUGUAUGCCGAAUGUAUCCGCUAUUAUCAACUUUGCCUUCCCGAUGAAGACGGCCGAUGGACCAAGGGGUGAUGUUGACGAUGAUAUACUGCUUACAUAUUGUCCAACAUUAUUUGUUGUUGGUGAUCAGGCUACUGAUUGUGAUGUUCGUGAACUGCAGGUUAUGGCGACGAGAAUGAUUGCUCCCACAGGAGUAAUUGUUGUUGGUUCAUCAAACUGUGAUUUGCAUCCUUCAACAUUGCGGCUAACUAUCGAACGAUUUACUCACCGAACCGUACAAAGAGCCUUACUAGAUGAUGUAGUCGAUUUUCUACAGUUGUAUUGUUCCUCGUCAACUACUCACUCUUUUCGCUUGCAUCCACUGAAACUUGUUGAAGUGAACGAUGUGGAUUUGUCAGUUCUGCGUACAUCCAAUCUUUUCUCGAGCAACCAGGCGAAAUCUAUUAAAUUCGGUUCUACACUAAAAGCUGGCAAAUGA